AUGUUAGUACAAACAUCAACAAUACGUCAUCAUUCUAAACAUCGAUAUUUAUUAACUCCACGUGAUUGUUCUAUAUGCGGUUCAAAAGCAGUUGGUGUUAACUUUGGUGCACUAACAUGCGCUCCAUGUAAAGCUUUUUUUCGUCGUAAUGCUCGCCGAAAAGAAAUUCUUCAAUUACCUUGCCAACUAAUGGAUUCUAAUUCUUCAAUAUAUGAAAAUAAAAAUCCGUGUAAUAAUAAUAAUAAUAUUUGUUCUCAAGUACGUUAUUGCACAUCAUGUCGUUUACGUCGUUGUUUUGAUGUUGGUAUGAAAACAGAAUUAGUUCGGACAGAUGAAGAAAAACAACGAUAUAGAGAACUUAUUGAACUCAAUCGUGAACGAAAACAAGAAUUAUUAAAAUUAUCAGAAAAUAAAUGUCUUCAAAUUGCUCCACUUAUUGCACCUAAUGAUGAAUUAUUAAAAGAAACAGAUUGGAGACUUUUAUCAAAUAUAGUUUAUGCUUAUGAUAAUUAUUGUUUAAAAAUUUUUGCACAAGCUCGUCAAAAUAUUUUUAAUAAUGAAAUUAAUUUUUCUGAACAACCUUUAUCAAAAAUUCAUCAUCAUACAGCAAUGCGUCUUUGUAAUAUAAAAUCAUUUUUAUCUUUUCUUUCAUCCAUUCCAAUAAUUCAAUCUCUUUCAAUUUCUGAUCGUUAUUAUUUAUGUAAACAUAAUAUUCGUUCAUUAAUUUUUCCGAAUUUACAUGAAAUUGAACAAACAUGUUUUACUGAAUCAUGGCAGGUAAAUAUUGAUAAUACAGCAGCAGAAUAUGUUUACGGUAAAAAAUUAUUUGCUGAUUGUGUUCAAAUGAAAAAAAAAGCUGAAUCAAUAUUAAUAACUGAUCCGGCAGUAACACGUCUUUGGUUACUUGUAUUGUUUUUUUCUACUCCUCUUAUUUGUUAUUAUGAUCGUUCAUUACCUGGAUUAUCACAUAAAAGUCGUUUAGAUCUAAAUAAAAUUCAGCAUUCAUUUAUUAAUUUAUUAUGGAAUUAUUUAUCUCAUCGUCAUGGAUAUUUUGAUGCUGUCAGAAUUUUUUCAAAUGUGAUAUGCAUUUAUUUACAAAUGCAAAGAAUUUCUCAAGCAAUAAAUCAUGAAUUACGAACCAGAAAUGAUUUGAACGAAAUGAAUCAAGCAUUUAAUCGAGCAAUAGCAUUUGAAAAUGAUAUAUUGAGUAGUUAG